GCCGUUGGUUGAGUUUAAAACGUCAGUCAGUCAGUCAUCGCGUACGUAUCAAAGACUCACACAUGCACUCACUGCACACGUGAGCGCUCUGUUCUGUCGGACACGACUGGCUGGCUGGCUGGCUGCACACAACGGACGGACGGACGGACGGACUCAAGUGCUUUACAUAUUCUACUAUGUAGGCACCAGCUCUACUUCAUUCACAGGCCACAAAUACGUAAGUAUGUACCCCGCACCACCCAUCCCAUUCGCCCAUCCCUUCCUGCCUGCCUGCCUGGCUGCCUGCCUGCCUCCAUCAAUCAGGACAGACAAAGGGGUCAGUCAACACAUGAGCAUGGUCACGGCCCGAAGUCGACAUUAAGGGCAUCGUCGACUGCAUCCGUGGGCUCUCUCUCCUCCUCGUCUGCACCACUGCCGCCUCCGCCCCUGUCCCUCUGGCGGGCUUGCUGUGCGGCCAGUGUGCUCUCGAAUAUGUCGACCAGCUGCGCCAGCUGCGCCGUGGAGAAGCCGUCCAGGCGGCUGAAUGCCGACAGCGCCCACCUCUUGGCCAGCUCCCUGCCGUCCUCCUUGUCCCCUUUGCCUUUGUCCCUGUCCUCCCAGAGGUCGGGACGCGCGAAGGCCCCCACAGAAAUGAGUGCUCUGAGGGCCGUGAGGAAGCGGACGUCGCUGAGUUCGUGUGCCUUGCCCGUUGGCCAGAGGAGGGCCUGUGUGCAUCGGUGGAGGGCGGAGGCGAAGAGGGGUGCGGGGAUGUGGAUGGGGUCCACCUCGGCAAAGGCCAGCAUGACCGACGGCAGCCUGUCAACCUCGAUCUGCGGGCCGUGCUCCAGUGCCGCACGGUACGCAAACCUCGCCAGGGCGUCUGCAGGGGUGGCCGGCACGGGUGCGUGGUGGAGGGACGGGUGGAAGUACACAGGCCCCCACACUUCCUGCGGCACCGAUGCAGAGACGUGGUGUGGCCGGGCCGGCUGCUGGGCCGUCCAGUUCUGAUAGGGCGAGAUCCACCUCGGCUUGAUGGGCUCGGGCAGCUCGGGGCUGACGAGUGAGGUAGCCGUCCCAGACCCAUCCAGCGGGUCAUCGGCGGCAGAGGGGCCGGGCUGGCUGGGGAAUGCGAUGGCCGAGAGCUUCUCGGGUGGGACGUUCUGCGGGCGCCCGAUACGCGGGUUGUCGAGCAGGUCGGGGAGGGCGGGGGCGAUGUUGGCCAGGACCAUCGGGCCCAGCAGCUUCUCGUCAGCGGUGAAGAGCUGCAGCAGCCGGUGGACGAUCUUGUCGGCCACAGGGCUCUUAAGCAGCAGCUGGUCCUUACGCAGACCAUACUGCAUUGCACACACAGACGAGAACACACACAUGGGACAUAUAUUCACUCGCCCUCCCGUCUGUCUGCCUCAGUGACUGACUGACAGACCAGUGUCCGGGACAUGUGGACGGCGUCAAGUGUCGGCAACUGCGUGAUAAUGACCUCCUCGAAGGGCGUCAGCACCAAGUCGUCGAAGGUCCCCGCCGACCGCAGAUGCCAGGCAGCCGACGCCAGCCGCCCACCAUCCAUCGCCAGCAGCAGCUGACGCAGGUUGGACAACAGCUGCUGCGACAGUGCCUGGUUGCAGGCACAACAGCCCAACGACGACAAGAUGCACAAGAAUGAUCGUGCGAACGAACAUGCGGCUGGUUGUGCGUGUGUUACCCACCCACCGGGUCUAUGUGGAGGGCCAUAGUGGUGGCUCUGGCGAGAAAGACGAUCUUGUUUCUAUCCAACAAGACAUCGUCGCUGUGCUUCAUGACCUCCGGCACCUUCUGCGAGGACAGACAGACAGACAGAAACCAGCUGCCGCCUCUCUCUUGUCCCUUGUCUGCUCCGCUCCCUCCUUGCCAUCCGUCCCACUGACCGCAGUGAUCUCGGCCAUGGCGUCCCGAAACCUCUCGCCCGGCUGGGCUCUCACGAUGUCCAGCACCUCAUGGUAGUGGUUGGUCGCCAAAAAGGGCAACUCAGAGAAGGCGUGACGCAUCAUCACAUUCAUCGACUCCUCCACCCGCCCGCGCACACCAGCAACCCAUUGCUGCUCAUCGGCAGUACCGCGGUAACCCAUCAGGCCAGACGGCUCAUCAGAGGGGGGCGUGUAUGCUCCCGGCCCCUGCAGGCGUGUGAGUGGGAGGUUGGCGGUGAUGUUGAGUGCGGUUUGUAUGGCCUCGAGUGUGUUGCCGAUCUCGAUGUGGUGGGCCUGGGGUGCCAGUCGGCAGGCCUGGCUGGCGAGGACGUCAUAGAGCUCGAGGUCGGUCACACCCAGACGAGUGAAGGCCCACAAAUACAGCAUCACAUCCUGAUGAUCCAGAUAGAUAACGUGACAGACAGACAGACAUGGGUAUGUAUGUGUGCUGUACACCAACGCCUUAAUGGACGGACGGACGCAUCGCAUCUGUCAGAUCCUGCCGCCCCGCCCCGCGCACCUGUGGGGUGUCUAGGUCGUGUGUGCCGGACUUGAUGUCGUGUGCCAUGAGUGUGAGCAGCUCCUGGUGAAAGCAUCCCGCCUUGGCCAUGGACCACACCAGCAGCGCCACCCAGUUGUGCUGCAGCAGCGGGUCGCACGCCACCACUCGAUCCGCUAUCGAACCAAACAGGUCCGUGUCCUUGGCCGUGUAACCCAGCUUGGCGAACGAGUAGGCCACCACACCGAUGUUCAGGUGUGUGCCGGGCCGCUGGUGGGACUUGAGGCGCUUUGGCCGCCGGGUGAGUGCCGGGCUGUCUGGGGGCGGGUUGGGGUCUGUGAAGUCCAGGUAGUACCUGGCGGCGCGGUCGAGGAACUUCUGGUGGCGGAAGCCGCGCUUAGCCAGCACCCACAGCAUCACCGACAGCUCAGUCGGGCCGCACUGAUACAUGUCCCUCUGAGCACACACACACACACAUCCAUCCAUCCAUGCGCUCACGGGUGCCCGCUUCCCCUUGUGCUGUGUUUGGGCUCACCUCGACGCAUUUGAUGAGGUCCGAGAGGAGUUGUGAGUCGAGCCACCUGGCCUUCUGGAGUGCCCAUGCGAGCAUGGCGGCAUCGACCGACUGCAGAGAUGAGGCCCCCACCCCCGGCCCCUCCCUCGUCGGGUCGAUGGCCAGCCUCCGCUGCACCUCCCUCUUGGCCUCCUCCCAGAAGGUGUCCUCCAUGUAUCCGCUCCUCGCACACGCCCACACCAUGUGUGUGAACCACUUGCUGUUGGGCAUCUCAGACAGCCGCCCGGAGCACUGCUUGAUCAGCCGGUCAAACACCUCCGGCACCACCACCUCUGCCCGGACCAGGGCGUUGGCGAGAGUGCUCAGCUCGCCCAGCGUCAGCUCGUUGCGCGAGGGGGCGGGGAGGGGGUACUGCUUGUACUCGUCCUGGUCUUUGAGGGCGAGGUCGCACACGUGCAGGUACACCUCUGGGCGGCUGUACCCCAUCUUGGCCAGACACCACAGGAGGAUCGGCAGGUCGUACAGCACCAGCCCGUUCGUGCCACCCCUCGUGUCGUUCACGAUGCGCGCCGCGACCGCCUCGGUGAGCUCCUCGUGUGGCUGCUCCAACACGGCGAAGGCCCACAUGAGCAUCGACAGCUCCUUGGACCGCAGCCGCGACACGUGGGGCACCACAGCGUCGCCGAAGUACUUGAGGAGCUGCGGGCAGUAGACGCCGGCGGCCGAGAAGGCCCAGGCGAGGUUGGCGAUGUCGCGGACAGUGAAGGCCGAGAGCCGCCGGACGCUCUCACGUGCCAGCCGGCCGUACACCUGCCGCAUGCUCACCUUCGGCAACACGUCAGCCGAUACUCCUGCUGAUGAUAAUGCUGUGGGUGUUUGCUGGUCUCCCCGCUCCUCAGGUGAGAUGGGUGUGGCCGCGAAGAGGUCAAGGUCGGCGAGGUCGACGACGUCAUCGCCCUGCGCAUCGUCUGAGUACCGCUGUGCCGCCCGGAGUCUUGUGAGUGCCCAGGUCAUCAUGACGAACUUGCGGUUGAACUUCUUGGACAAGUCGCUGCCCUGCAAGUCCUUGUCCAUGGCCGGCAGCGAGACGGCCACCCCCCUCUCCUCAUCCAUGAGCUUGGCGUAGCCCCUCUCAGGCACCUGCAGCCCCUCGCCCGUCGCCAGCUCGUGCAGCAGCACCGUGGCGAAGUCCAGCACCUCUCGCGGAGCCACCUGGGUGCUCAGCUGGUAGUUGGCCGGACCCGCGCCCUGGUCGUGCCACAAACCCAAAGACACCCAUCGAGGAUGGAAACCGUCAGACUCGCUGUGAUCGAGGGGCGCCCCACCCCCGCGGCCGUCGAUGUCGUCCACCCCCUGCUGGUCCGGCGCAACCACGCCUCGCGGAUCGAGGACAAAUCCCACGGACGCCCACGCGAAGAGGAUCUCGGAUAUGUCAGACACCGGCAAAGGACUCCGCUCGUGCCGACAUCGCGCGACGAUGGCGAGCAUUCGCCAGGUCUCAUUGAGGGCGUUGGCGCUGUCACGUGCGCGCGACAGGGCCCACAUGAGUGUGGGCAGCUUGAUCUUCUCGAUGAGCUCGCGAGAGGGCUGCGAAUCGCUUAUCGACGUUAGCUGCUCCACCAGCUCCUUGCUCCUGUGGUUGACCUCCGACGCCAGUGCAGUGAAGGCCCUCGAGUCCACCACCCCCACAAAGGCAAGCAUCCACAGCAGAGACGUCAGCUCAGUCCACGACAGGCGGCCCAGCGUGUGUGUGCUAUCGCCUUCAGAUGACGAGAGGAUGACGUCGUCGAUCAUCCGCAAGAAGACGCUCUUCUCUCCAGUCAUCCCACGAUAGUGCAGAGCAACAAUCAGGUCGGCGAGCGUCAUCAGGGGCAGCUCCCGAAACCGCUCCGGCGGCACCUGAGCCAGCUGCGUGAUGGCCUCCUUCAUAUGCUCAGCCGCCUUGGCAGCGGCGCGCGCCACCCACCGCAGAGGCGCCUUGUCCCGGGCCUGCUGCCGCCCCCUCUGCCGCGGUGGCUCUGUCUGCCCUGGCUGCAUCUCCCUCUCAAUGAUAACAAGAAAGACCCUCUCCACCGAUCGCCAGAAGGUCUUGUCGCGGCACCCCAGGUCAGCCAUCUUCCACGCGAGCACACAGAGGUGCUCAGCGGAGCUGCCGACGGGCCAGCUGGGGUCUUUGAGGCCGUCGGCAAGCGCAUCAAUGGCGGGGCUGGCGGCGUGCGCGAGUCUUUCCAGCCGCUGCCGGUCCAGCAGGCCGAGUCGUCGGAAGAUGUUGAGGACAUGCCCCGCCUUGGGCAGCUGCCACAGCCGCGCGGCGUCCCUCUCGUAUACUUCCCACGCCUGGGUGAAGAAGCCCCUCGCUGAAGCAGGCAGGCUGUUAAAGGCGGCAUUGCCGACCUUCCCCGGCCUCCUGCUGCUGUCGAACAGCACGUAAGAGCCCAGGCGGUCGUCGUGGCGUGUGACGUGUGCGUGUCCGAAGUAGGUGUCGCGGAGGAGGGUGACGAAUCGGUGGAAAUCCUCGGGCCCCAGCUGGUCGAUGGACGACGCAAAGGGCUGCAGAGUGUGCUCCAGCAGAGCGGGGGUCACCUUGUCGGCCAAACGGAGCCGAUGCAGCACCUCUAGAGCCUGGGAAAAGGUGAACUCAGACAGCCUGCAAGGACACAGCGAGGCAGAUACGACCUAACCUCGUGACCCGGGAGGAACGCUCUUGCUUACCUUGUCUGGAGCUGUUGUGCAGUGGCAUCCAUGAGAGCGUCAGUGGUGUUGGUCGGGGCCCAGUGGUCAGGUCGCCCUCUACGAUAGUGCGCCGUUGCCACCGCCCCCGCCAGCAGCCGCACAAGGUCGCUGUCUGUGGCGUUGAUGUGCUGCAGAGCCGCACUUUCCACUCGCUGCACGGCGUCCCUCACGGUGCUGCCGACAUUCCACCCCCGCCACAGGUCCUCCUCCCGUCUGUGGAUCAUGCGGACGAGGCGGCCGUAGUCCCCCACCUCCAGCUUGUGCAGCAGGUGGUCGUCCAUCAGGGUGAGGCACGUGACGGCAAGGAGGUCCUUGGUCUUGCUCCGCCGCUCGUUGAGCAGGCUGAAGACGAUGUGCGCCGUGCUGUUGGCAUCCACACUCGCCCAUUUCUGGCGGAUCCGCUCCUGCCGCUGGCUCAGCAGCGACGAGUAGCUGGGGCCGUCUUCGUUGAACCGUUGCAUGUUGUUUCUGAGCCGCCUGCCGCGGUCAUAGGCGAAGAGGACGUUGAAGGGCGACAGCUCGUCCAGACGCUCGUCGACAAACACUGCAAACGACGGGACGUCCUUGCAAGCCGUGAUCUGGUCCCGCACCGCCCGCUCAGAAUCCACCCUCCUCAGGUCAACCAGGCCGCCAGCGGCACCACCACUUGAGUCCCCGUUGGCGAGAGUGGGUGCGCUGCUGGGCAUGGGGAUGGCAAUCGGCAGCGACACUCUGGCUGGUGGUGGCUUGGUCAGGUCCACCGCAGAUCUCCCAGCCGCCGCUCGUAGGGCCGGUCUGCCGCUCUGCUCGCGCAUGCCCUUCCUGAUGGGAGAUGGCGAGCGGGUCAAGGACGUCGUGAGUGAGUGGGGACUCGGAGGGCGGUACGAGGCGGUGCGGAGGGGCAGCAGGAGGGCCACGGAUAUGACGCACAAUGAUGCUGAAUCGAGAUGCAUGCUGCCGGUGUCAGCGGACCUUCAGCAUCAAAACAUGACAGAUACAGAAGCGUGGUAGCGAUACCAUCCGAGCCCUCCUCUUCCGGAGAGAGAGCGG